AGAGGCCGCCGGUCUCGCUCACGCGGCGGCAGCAUGACGGACCCCACGGCCGGCGUGGGCCGCUUCAAGGCCAACUAUGCCAUCGAGCGCAAGAUCGAACCUUUCUACAAAGGCGGGAAAGUGCAGCUGGACCAGGCCGGACAGCACCUCUUCUGUGUCUGUGGCACCAGAGUCAACAUCCUGGGUGUGGAGUCAGGGGCCCUGCUGCAGAGCCUGGAGCAGGAGGACCAGGAGGACAUCACCGCUUUUGAACUGAGCCCCGAUGACCAGGUGCUGGUGACUGCCAGCCGCGCGCUGCUGCUGGCGCAGUGGGCCUGGCGUGAGGGUGCCGUCACCCGCCUGUGGAAAGCCAUACACACAGCCCCAGUGGCCACCAUGGCUUUCGACCCCACCUCCACACUGAUCGCCACAGGCGGCUGUGACGGGGCCGUGCGCGUCUGGGACGUUGUGCAGCACCACGGGACACACUACUUCCGGGGCUCCCCCGGAGUUGUGCACCUGGUGGCCUUCCACCCGGACACCGCACGCCUGCUGCUCUUCUCCGCCGCUUCGGAUGCUGCCAUCCGCGUGUGGUCACUGCAGGAGCGCUCCUGCCUGGCCGUGCUGACUGCCCACUACAGUGCUGUCACCUCGCUCACCUUUACUGCGGAUGGCCACACCAUGCUCAGCUCAGGCCGGGACAAGAUCUGCAUCCUCUGGGACCUGCAGAACCGGGAGGCCGUGAAGACAGUGCCUGUGUUUGAGGGUGUGGAGGCUGCGGUGCUGUUGCCCGAGGAGCCGGCUCCAGAGCUCGGUGUCCAGUCCACCGGCCUGCACUUCUUGACAGCGGGCGACCAAGGGGCGCUGCGCGUGUGGGAGGCGGCCUCCGGGCGCUGUGUGUACGUGCAGCCGCCGCCGCCGGGCCCUGGCCGGGAGCUCACCCACUGUGCCUUGGCCCGCGCGGCCGGCACCCUCCUCUGCGCCACCGCGGACCACAACCUGCUGCUCUACGAGGCGCGCACCCUGCGGCUGCAGAAGCAGUUUGCGGGCUACAGCGAGGAGGUGAUGGACGUCCGGUUCCUGGGACCCGGGGACUCCCACGUCGUCGUGGCCUCCAACAGCCCGUGCCUGAAAGUGUUCGAGUUGGAGACGUCGGCCUGCCAGAUCCUGCACGGCCACACAGACACGGUUCUGGCUCUGGACGUGUUCCGCAGGGGGCGGCUCUUCGCCAGUUGCGCCAAGGACCAGAGCGUUCGCGUCUGGAGGCUGAGCAGGGCUGGGCAGGUGGUCUGUGUGGCUCGGGGCUCUGGGCACGCGCACAGCGUGGGCGCCAUCUGCUGCUCCAGGCUGAAGGAGUCCUUCCUGGUGACCGGCAGCCAGGACUGCACCGUGAAGCUGUGGCCGCUCCCGGCAGACCUGCUGUCCGCGAGCACAGCCCCGGACGCGGGCCCUGUCGUCCUCCAGGCCCAGGCCACUCAGCGCUGCCACGACAAGGACAUCAACAGUGUGGCCGUCGCCCCCAAUGACAAGCUGCUGGCCACAGCCUCGCAGGACCGCACCGCCAAGCUCUGGGCCCUGCCUCAGUGUCAGCUGCUGGGCGUCUUCUCAGGCCACCGGCGUGGCCUCUGGUGUGUCCAGUUCUCCCCCAUGGACCAGGUGUUGGCCACAGCCUCGGCUGACGGCACCAUCAAGCUCUGGGCGCUGCAGGACUUCAGCUGCCUGAAGACAUUCGAGGGGCACGACACGUCUGUGCUGAAGGUGGCCUUUGUGAGCCGUGGCACGCAGCUGCUGUCCAGCGGCUCCGACGGGCUGGUGAAGCUCUGGACCAUCAAGAGCAACGCGUGCGUGCGGACGCUGGACGCCCACGAGGACAAGGUCUGGGGGCUGCACUGCAGCCGGCGGGAUGACCGUGCCCUCACUGGGGCCAGCGACUCCUGUGUCAUCCUCUGGAAGGACGUGACUGAGGCGGAGCAGGCGGAGCAGCAGGCCAGGCUGGAGGAGCAGGUGGUCAAACAGCAAGAACUGAGCAACCUGCUGCACGAGGGGCGCUACCUGCAGGCGCUGGGCCUGGCCAUCUCCCUGGACCGGCCCCACACCGUCCUGACCGUCGUCCAAGCCAUCCGGCGGGCGCCUGAGGCCUGCGAGAAGCUGGAGGACCGCGAGGCGCUGGGCCGCCACAGCUGGGCUGUCCUGCACACCCUGGCCGCCUACUACCCCGACCUGCCCACGCCCGAGCAGCAGCGGGACAUGGCCCAGUUCAUACAUUUAUUUUCCAAGUUUUACCCGUGCGAGGAGUGCGCGGAAGACCUCAGGAAGCGGAUACACAGGAACCAGCCGGACACGCGCACGCGCGCGGGCCUCGCCCAGUGGCUCUGCCGCCUGCACAACGAGGUGAACCGCAAGCUGGGCAAGCCGGCCUUCGACUGCGCGCGGGUGGACGAGCGCUGGCGGGACGGCUGGGAGGACGGCUCCUGCGGCUAGGCGGGGCGGCCUGGGGGGCGGGCGCUCAUUAAAGUGCAGAGCCAGCCCGGCGUCUCGUUGGGGGCCCUUCUCAGCCCUGGACACUGGGGGCGCCCAGUGGUCUCCCGAAGGAGGCCGCAGUCGCCCCCCGGCACCCCCCUCCCCAGCUGGCAGGUCCUGGGUCCAGCUGGCCCCUGUCCUGCCCCUCCAGCCUGGCCAUUGCCUCCCGGGCUUCGGGCAGCAGCGGUGGGCAGCCCCGGGGGAGGCUGCACUGGGGUGUGACCCGGGACUGGCCCUGGCUGGCCGACUUCCUCCUGGGGAGACCUGGCAGGGCUUCCUCUGAGGGCGCCAGACUUGAGGGACUCUUCGUGGGACCAGCUUCUUCGGAGCCUCAGACCAGAUUAAAUGCUGGACAAGCACUGAG